UGGAAGAUCCAAGAUGAUGGAAGAUCUAAUUUAUCCUUACUUGUCAUCUUUGUUGAACGGCUGAACGGUCUAUCUUGUUUGCAUUUAUUCGACUACGAAAGUUUCCUAAAUUUAUUUACAACUGAUCAAAAAAAUAGCCAAUUCGAUUAGGGAAUUAAAUAUGGAUCAAGCAGAAAUUGAUAGCGAAGAUGACCAGCAUGUUGUCGAUACGAACAACUUGGACGAGGAAAACGAGGAUGAAGACGAAAUUGCUAUGACAUCUCAACAGCUAUUAGAAAACCUUCAACGUGCCUGGAUGAAUGAAAAAUUUGCAGUUCAGUUGCUGCCAUAUGAGGAAGCAAUUGUAGAAAUGGUAAUGAGUCAGCUAGUCCACAUGGAGGAAAAUUUGGCCACCACCAACAAAAACGACAUGUUGUACAUUGCCCAUCGGAUGGAGGUUGAACGGAUACGUUAUAUUGUUGCCAGUUAUCAUCGAUGUCGCCUACAGAAGAUCGAGGAAUACGCUUAUCAUAUUAUCGAAGAAGAAUCCAAACGACCUGCCAAUGCCAAACGGUUAUCAGCCGGGGAACAGCAGUUUGCCGCGGAUUUCUACCAAAGCAUGGAGACUCAUUUCUAUCAAUUGGCAGUACGGCACAUGCCGCAGAACCACCAGAAAGACGAGCAUGUACGUAAAGUGGCACCCAAUGUGGACAGUUAUGUGUUUAUACGCGCUAGAGAGAAUGUGGCCGAUUUCUCGAUUAGCGCCGAACACGAAAUGAUCAACAUCGCUGCGGGAUCCAUUCAUAUGUUUAAAUAUCGGGAUGUAGAACCAUUAGUACUGGAAGGAAUUGUUGAUUUGAUUUAAUAUUUCUGAUCUGAAUCAA